GAGAUAUAGAGCAGGCACCGCAGAAACCAGCACAAAAGCCCAACUCAAUCUUCCUAUUUCCUUUCUAAUGAAAACAGAAGCAGGUGUUUUGAGAUCUUAGUUAAAGCUCUGUGCUACCGGUGUUCUCCAAAGUCUGUGAAGUAGCAGAAAAGAUGACAGCUUACAGCCUCUUCCUCAUCUUCACAAUUAAUCUGACCUUCAGCUUCCAUCCGAGCCAUGGUUUCAAGGUGAUUCAGCCUGAGAGUCGGACAGUGAACCAGGAUCAGUCCACCUACAUCAGCUGUGAACACACCGCAAACGUCGCGUCUGUGAGAGAUGUUCGACUCAACGCCAUUUCACUAACAGAGAAAAAAAUACUGCUCUGCCAGAAGGGAAGCACAAAGUGUAAAAACAUCCUCAUGCUUCAAGAGAACUCCAAAAAGUGGUUGUUCAUCCUCACCAACAUCAAGCCAGAGGCCAUGAAGGUGAAAUACGAGUGUGAGUUCACGGUGGAAGAAGGCUUGCUGGAUAAAACCGAGACAGGAAAUUAUACCAAACUCCUUCCAGGUCAAAAGGAAGUGACCUGCACCCCUCAGCCUAUGCCUUCACCUCCGCCUUCACCUCCGCCUUCACCUCCGCCUUUAACUCCGCCUUUAACUCUGUGUCAUUGGCCCAGCUGGAUUCUGGUUGGUGUGCUGGCUCUGAUGCUCUUGUACAGCUGUCUCAUCACCACCUUCUACAUCAGACUGACGUGCAGCAACACAGAACCCGAGAACUCCACUUACGUAGAAAUGAGGAAAGCUCCUCAGCCGUGUCCACCUGUGGAUAUCUACUGUGGGUAGCCGAAUCAUCGUUCUUUAUCUCGUGCUGAAUGUAAUGAGGGGGGGGAAAUGUCUGUUUUACAUGUAGCUGCUAUCAUAACUGCAAAUGUUUGUUUUGUAAAUGAGUGGAAAAGUCCUGCAACGACUGAAGACAAACAGCAGGGCGAGCCAGAGACUGUCUAAAGCAACCAUGCUUAAUAAUAGUUACACAUUUUAUUUGUAUUGCACUUCACAUUUCUGCAAUCUGAAAGUGCUACAGAGCAGGAAUAACCAUUUUGAAUGAAUGCAAUUAAAAAUGAUCAAGGUCAAUAAAUUAGUUAAAAGGAGAACCUAUAAAAGACAUUUAGCAAAAUGCUUUUUUGAAAAGAUGUGUUUUUAGGCGGGGCCCUCAGGUGGUCAGGGAGGGCGUUCCACAGCCUCGGGGCAGCAGAGGAAAAGGCCCUAUCACCCUUGGUGCGGAGCUUGGUUCUGUGGGCUUUGAUGUUAUAGAUUUGACUUGAUAUAUACAUUUUUUUUUGCAAUUUAUUAUUCGUUUUAAACUCUUUUGUAUUCACAUUUUCUGACAUUAUGACAAAUGUAAGUGUCUUACGGAUUUACACUGCAAAUACAGAUAUAGAAACUGCAUGCAUGUACAGUUAAUUUGUAGUUCCUAUGUCCAAAAAUAUAUGUGUAUGGGCAUUAUAUUGAAUGUGUUAUAUAUAAUAAUAAAUAAAUAAAUAAAGAUUUAUCAGAUGAAAAAACAA